AUGGAGAUGGGAGCACAGGAAUUCGGGGUGUUGCUGGAGGGGUGGCAGGUCCUGGUGCUGGGGCUGGACGGGGCGGGGAAGAGCAGCAUCCUGCACUACAUCUGCAGCCGGACAGCCCGGGAGCACAUGGCACCCACCCGCGGCUUCAACUCUGCCCAGCUCUGCAUCGAGGGGCUGGAGAUGGACCUGCUGGAGGUGGGUGGCAGCCAGAACCUGCGAUCCUACUGGCCCCUCUACCUGGGCCAGGCCCACGUGCUGGUGUUCGUGGUGGACUCGGUGGACAGGCCACGCCUGGGGACAGCGCGCCAGGAGCUGCACACGCUGCUGGCCACGGAGCCCCGGCUGCCCCUGGUUGUGCUGGGCAACAAGCAGGACAAGAGCGACGCUCUGAGCAUGGCAGAGCUGUGGGAGGAGCUGGCCCUGCACACGCUCAGCGAGCAGCGAGAGGUCUUCCUCCUGCCCACCAGUGCGACCUGGGCCAGCCUGAGCACUGACACCAGCAUCCUCCAUGUGAAGAACCUGCUGGUCACCCUGCUCUCCCAGCCCUAA